GUGACGUCACUAGGUCGAGUGAAUUGAGGUGGAGGCAGCAACGUGAAAGGAAUUGUUUUGAGAAAUCAAAGAAAGUACGUGAAUUUAUUAUUUUGCGCUUUUGCUUACGACUCGACUGGUUUGUGGAAACGGUUUAUUUUCGUUCUUGUUCGAGUGUGUGUGCUUCGUCAGUCCCCGUUCUCGUUGGAGUGAACACAAAGGGGGACUCCAUGAAAGAUGACGGAGGAGGUGACAGUUGUAGCCAAGUGGGACUACACGGCCCAGCAGGACCAGGAACUUGACAUCCGGAAGAAUGAUCGGCUUACUCUGCUGGACGACAGCAAGACUUGGUGGAGGGUGAGGAACGCCUCAAACCAGACUGGCUACGUCCCCUCCAACUACGUAGAGCGCAAGAACAGCCUGGUGAAGAAGGCCUCUCUGGUCAAGAACCUCAAAGACACACUGGGACUGGGUAAGGGCAGAAGGAAGCAGAGUGCCAGUGACGCCUCCCCCACGCCCAGCACAGAUGCGGAGUACCCCUCCAAUGGGAGUGGCGGAGGAGUGGCUGAGCGGGUCUACGACCUUAACAUCCUGGCUGUGGUCAAGUUCUCGUACGUGGCGGAGCGCGAGGAUGAGCUGACCCUAGCCAAGGGGUCACGGGUCACGGUGAUGGAGAAGUGCAGUGACGGUUGGUGGCGGGGCAGCCAGGGAGGUUGCGUGGGCUGGUUCCCCUCCAACUAUGUCCUGGAGGACUCCUCAGAGGGUGAAGGGGGUAGAGGUGGAAGGGACUCCCCAGGUUAUCCAGGGAGGGGCAGGGAGGCCACGAUGACCAACGGGCGGGCGGGAGGUGGUGGCAGCCGGGGUGGCGAGGGCGGUGGUGCGCUCCAGCUGGUCCAGACUCUGUACCCGUUCAGCUCAGUGACGGAGGAAGAGCUGAACUUUGAGAAAGGAGAGGUGAUGGAGGUUGUUGAGAAACCUGAGAACGACCCAGAGUGGUGGCGCUGCCGGAACACCCGCGGUCUGGUGGGCCUGGUGCCCAAAAACUACGUGCUGGUGCUGAAUGACACCAACGGGCUCCCGGGCUCCCCGCCCUUCCGCUGUCGCCACCCGGCUCCACAGAUCGGCCACGUGGCCCCGGCGUGCGAGGGCAAGUUUGCAGGCAGGGACUGGUACUAUGGAGGGGUGACCAGACACCAAGCAGAGCUGGUCCUCAACAAGAGAGGAGAGGAGGGGGAUUUCCUCAUACGUGACAGCGAGUCAUCGCCCAGUGAUUUCUCUGUGUCUCUGAAGGCGCCUGGGAAGAACAAGCACUUCAAGGUGCAGUGUUCAGAGGAGGUCUACUGUAUCGGCCAGCGCAAGUUCAGCUCCAUAGAUGAACUGGUGGAACACUACAAGAAAGCCCCCAUCUUCACCAGUGAACAAGGAGACAAGCUCUACCUGGUCAAACCGCUGCCCGAACCCCAGCUAUCCUCAACAUGCUGAACUUGGGGAGAGACCUUACUGUCUGUUUUAGCCCAGUCACAUAGUUUGUAUUGGUUCUGUUUCCUUUGUUAGUUAAAAAAAAUUGAAAUGUAAACCCUCUCCAGAGGUUCUGAUGAUUUCUAAAGGAAAUAAUAAGUCCACUAAGGGACCACUGUAAACACUCUUUAGAUUUGUUCUUCUUCCUUUUGCCUAAUCCUCAUCUAUCCAUCUCUUCCUCUACCUUCAUCCUCAUCUAUUCAUAUCUUCCUCCACCUUCAUCCUCAUCUAUCCAUCUCUUCCUACCUUCAUCCUCAUCUAUCCAUCUCU